GAAAGAGGCGUUUCGUCACCGUGGCAUGACCAAAGGCCCACCAAUUUAACCGCCGGUUGCUUUGGCGUCGCAAACGUCGAUUGACAGACAACACAAGCAUGGAAUAUCAUCGAAGGCACGGCGGGGGCUACACCAACUAUGCCGUCGCUCUAGCCUUCACUCUCCUGUCGACGGCUACAGUCCACGCACAGCCGACUGCCGACCCAGCCGCGGCGACCUCGACGUCGGUCCCAGACGCAGUCACCUCGACGUCGGUCCCAGCCGCAACGACCUCCACCGCCGGCUCGGCCGCGGCAACCUCGACGUCGGUCCCGCAAGUAGUUGCCAGGGGACUCAACUCUGGCGCCACAGCUGCGCUCAUCAUCGGCCUCGUUCUCGCAGGAUGUACCAUCUACGGCGUGGUCAUGUACCUGAAGCACCAGCGUCUCCAGGAUGCGGCGCUGGCCACUCGCAAGCUCGACAGCCACGACGACUCGCCACCAUACAUUGAAGCAGGACGUCACGGGUCCGAUGACUUUGAUGCGUACUUUGGCAAGCAGCCGCCUUUGAAUGGUGCUGCUGCCUCACACUGCGUCAAGUUUGCGUCGGCGCGAGGUGCUAUGCUAGCACCGCCUCACGUUGCUGUGGACAUAAAUCUAUUACGCGCCAAGUCGACUCCCGCCAUGCUAUCGUCGAGUAUGUCCAAGCAGGACGCUUUGCCUCGUGUGUCGAUGGCGGCAGUAGACGAGACACCGAAUGACACUGUCACAGCGAUGCGGUCGUAUCGCAGCAUGAUCCAACAGACUAUGGGCGACAGCGUCGACGUGGCGUGGAUGAGCCCCGUGGAAAGCUCGCGGAGCAUGUUUCCAUCCCGACAACCAGCAAGGGACGAAGAUGAUGACGAAUUCGAGUGGAUGAGUGCGUUGGAGUCAUCCAGAACGAACAACCUGCACGCGAUGGACACAAUGCGCAGCGCGUUAGACUAUGACUUGGCGGAAGAAGGCAGCGACUGCGGCAGUAGCACGACCACUUUCAACCUGUAAACAAAGAACCUGGUCCUUGUUAUGAACGUAUUAUUAAUAAUAUGUGUACGAAAG